UGAAUGGGUUUCGUGUUCGAGCGCAUUUUGUUCUACGACCGGCCGCCAUACUCAAACAAAAAGAUUGAGAUGAAAAGAUAAAAUUUAUAUUUAUCGGGCGUUAUCGAAAGUGUUUUAAUUUACUAAAUGAGUUCUAAAUCAGAUGUAAAUAGAAGGGUACUCGCCAUUCAGGCGAAAAAGAAGCGGCAUAAAUUAGGAAAAAAGAAAAAUCGCGAGGAAGAGCACGGUGGUGGAGGACAAGGAAACGGGCUGCGCAACCAGAAUCAGAAUCGACUGGAGCCCACGCACAGCUCUUCCAACGAGACGAUUGAAGAAGACGAGGACGAGCAGUACGACAGCGAGGACGAGGAACAGGAGGACAGCGCCGACUACUGCAAGGGUGGAUACCAUCCUGUCAAAAUCGGAGACUUGUUUCUUAACCGCUACCACGUUACAAGAAAAUUAGGCUGGGGCCACUUCUCGACGGUAUGGCUCUGUUGGGAUCUUAUCGACAAACGGUUUGUAGCGUUAAAAGUUGUGAAAUCCGCGCCCCACUUUACAGAAACUGCCCUAGACGAAAUUAAAAUAUUAAAGUCCGUUCGCGACAGCGAUCCCUCGGAUCCUAAGCGGAACAAGACCGUACAGCUGCUCAACGACUUCAAGAUCACUGGAGUCAAUGGCACCCAUGUGUGUAUGGUGUUUGAGGUCCUAGGCCACCACUUACUGAAGCUUAUCCUGAAGUCCAAUUAUAGAGGCAUCCCUCGAGAUAAUGUGAAGACAAUUAUACGCCAAGUGCUAGAAGGCUUGGAUUAUCUCCAUACUAAGUGCAAGAUAAUUCAUACAGAUAUAAAACCUGAAAAUGUGUUAGUGUGUGUGGAUGAGACAUACAUUCGCAAGCUAGCAGCUGAAGCUACUGAGCUACAUUCCUUGGGCUUGAGAUUGCCCCAUUCGCUGAUAAGCACUGCACCAAAGGAAUUCCAAGAACAAGUAGUGACCGGUAAGAUGAGUAGGAAUAAAAAGAAAAAAUUAAAAAAGAAGGCUAAGCGCCAAUCCAUGCUGCUUAAGAAACAAAUGGAACAAAUAGAAGAGAUGGAAGAGCAGAAAAAGGUUGAAGUCAGUGACUCAGCGCCGAUGUCUCAGGAUAAUGAUGAUUCACCCCAGACACCCGAGGAAGCCAGUGUCAUUGACACAACCCGCUCAGAAACUGACUCCAACUUAAAUGAACCUAACCUUAACGGCUGCAAUGACUAUGAAAAAGUGGAUGAUGAGGCAUUCGAUACUGAUGCUGAUGCAGUGCAGGUGAGAAGUAAGACCGGUUGCGGCGAUGACGUUGGCACCCCAAUGUCGGAAGGCGACAUGACUGAUACCCCUCCUUCAUUUAACUCAGAGUCCACUAAGGGUAAGUCUUUGGAAAAACAACCUGACCCAGCCUUUGAUAUUUGUGAUCUGGAAGUCAAGAUUGCUGAUCUUGGAAAUGCUUGCUGGGUUCACCGCCAUUUCACAGAAGACAUUCAAACACGGCAAUAUCGCUCCCUUGAAGUACUGCUUAGUGCGGGGUAUGGAACAUCUGCAGAUAUUUGGAGCACUGCCUGUAUGGCCUUUGAACUGGCAACUGGAGACUAUUUAUUUGAGCCUCAUUCAGGCGAUGGCUACAGCAGAGAUGAAGACCAUCUGGCACACAUCAUUGAGUUGCUUGGAGACAUUCCUAAGCGUAUUGCUGCUUCCGGGAAGUAUUCUAAAGUAUUCUUCAAUAAGAAAGGAGAGCUGAGGAAUAUAACAGGUUUGAAGCCAUGGGGUCUAGUGUCUGUCCUCACAGAGAAGUAUGAAUGGAGCCACACUGAUGCAGAGGAGUUUGCUGACUUUUUAAAGCCCAUGUUAGAUUUUGAUCCAAAUCGGCGCGCCACUGCAUAUGAGUGCCUUCAACACCCUUGGCUGAAAAUAGCAAAUUCAGAGCAGAAAGAAAAAAAGGAAAAGAAAGAGAAAGAGUCAUCUGUUAACUCUACUCCAAACACAGAAGAGCUGUCGCAGACUGAUAAACCAGCAAAGAGGAGGGCCAAGAAAGUGUAUACAUAGCCCAGAUAAUAACAUGCCAGAGUGCAUACUUUUUGUUUCUUUGGUAUUAUGUUGUAUAACUUCAUUGUAUACACUCAUUUUGCUCGCUCUCUGUAACUCGAGUGAAUCCCUGAGGUUCAUUAAAUCAGUAGUGUUGACUUACAAGUAUUCAGUGUUUUAAUAUCAAAGUUUAUUUAUAGAUUUGUUUGUGAAUAAUUUAAUUUGUAACUUCAUUGUUUAAUAGCAAUCCUUAAUUUGUAAAACAAAAUUGUAUCCAUCUAUUGAGAUAAUGCUGAGACACAAGUCCCCCGCGAGUGGCUAUGUAUAUAAUACAGGUUACUUAUUAGUGGUGACAUGUCUGAACAAAAUCAUUGGCAUUAUUGAAUUGAAUAUUGAAUAACAUGAAUUACCCAAACUGUACAGAUAGCUUUAGGAAAAAUUGUGAUGUAUGACAUGUAGACAAUAUAGGUUUUGUCACAUAAAUCUUAGGAAUUUAUUAGUUGACAUAGUUCAGCACCUAAAUCCACCUAGAAAUUGAGGAGUGUAAUGUGAAGUCAUGCAUGCAUACUGUAGCCCAGGAGUUCCCAACCUGUGAGUUCUCUCCCCUUAAGAGCAUAAAAGCAAAUUGAGUGUAAGAGGCAUAUAGAAACAGCCUUUCACCAAUGGGAGCCAAACGCUAAAAAGGUUGGGAACCCCUGCUGUAGCCUGUCAGGUAGUAUGUUCACGUAAUAGUCUAAGUUUGUGUUUUAUCACUAUCACAAUAGAAAUCUCAUAAUAUAAACUUUAGGAAUAAGACAGUAUUUGUAAAGCCACACCUCCGAGACUGCCUUUUUUAUAUUUUGAUGAGUCAUCUAAAUUUAACAUUGGCUGGAGUGCAGAUAUUCGGGAGGAUGUAUAAUAUGGUGUCCUCUGAUCCAGCUUCUAGUUAUUAUUUAUCAUAGAUCCCAAUUUACAUGACCAUUUGUAUUAAUUAUAUCUGCAAAUUUACAUAAAUAAAAUGUCAAAACGAGCUUGUUA